UCACGCGCCCGAGCUCGAUCACCAGCCACAGUCGCGCCGCGUUUUUCCGUAUGUCCAUCACGGUAGCGUAACACAACGGCAGCACCGCCGUCAACGUCGUCUUCACCAUUACCACUACCGCCGCCGCCGCCACUGCUACCGUUAUCACGACGACCACGACAGUAAUUUAACAGCGACAUCGCGUACGACUGCCUUCGUUUUCCCACACACAUAUCUACAUUAUUGCUCACGGCCCGUUCCCCGCCGUCCCAGGACCCGACGGUGCCCCCCCCCCUCCCCCCGCCGCGCCCCGCUCGGCAUCUCCCGCGACGACCGUACGGCCGUCAACCCUUGACCGACCGCCGCUCGCGACCUCGGCCGGUACCGCACACGCGUACGCGCAUACGCGGUACUCGAUCGCGACGACGAUCUUUGGCUUUGAGAGAUCCGCGGAGAGUGCAACCGGCUAUACUGCCGACCCGCCUGCAAAUCGCCGUGCGACGCCUGCAGAGCACAGCGACCGCGAUCGCCGUCGUGUGAUGUGCACCGGAAGUUGGUGAUCGCGCGCGUGCUGUCGCACGGGGAGUCGCGGCGUGGUCGGUACGCAUAGUCGACGCUCGGUCAAGGUGGAUACGGACGCGGCGCUCGCGACGGCCGACCAGGUCGGACCGGCUGCGGCGGGAGACGGCGGCACAACCGGCGGCAAACUGCACGCGGCAAUCGUAGCGUCGGUGGCGGCGUCGCCGCAGAAGUUGGCCACCACCAUCAGGGGCUUCUGGAACUCGUCCGCGGGUCCGGCUGCCAAUUCGGUUCUGGGUUGGGAUCAAUCAUGGUGAGUUCCAUCAUCGUUUCAUCGGGGGAGGUCGUGUAAUGUGAUAUCAGAACCUUCAUCAUGGAACCAUCAGGGAAUCCACUAUUUCGGUGUUGGAACGCUGUAGGCACGUUCCAAGUGCCACUUAUUAAUUUAGAAGUCAACGAGCUUAAGGAAAUACUAUGGGAGAAGAUUCAAGAGCCAGUUAUUCAAAGAAGACUGAUCCUAGUUAUCGUGUCUAUAGCAUUGUUGUUGGACAACAUGUUAUACAUGGUAAUUGUGCCAAUCAUACCAGAUUAUUUGAGGUAUGUAGAUUCUUGGGGUGAAAUCCCCACGGGAGUAAACUUUACGGAUGAUCCGAUCACUCCGCCAUCCCAUCAUGGACAAGAUUCAGCAACUGGAGUCUUAUUUGCAUCCAAAGCAAUUGUACAACUUAUGGUGAAUCCAUUUUCUGGUGCUCUAAUCGAUCGUAUUGGAUAUGAUAUACCAAUGAUGAUUGGCUUAUCCAUUAUGUUCCUAUCCACCUCGAUAUUUGCAUGCGGAAGAAGUUAUUCCGUCCUUUUUAUCGCUAGAAGUCUUCAAGGAGUUGGUUCAGCGUUCGCUGAUACAUCUGGCUUAGCAAUGAUAGCUGAUCGGUUUACCGAAGAAAAUGAAAGAGCUCAAGCAUUAGGAAUUGCAUUAGCAUUCAUCAGUUUCGGUUGUCUAGUAGCACCACCUUUUGGAGGCGCUUUAUAUCAAUUUGCGGGUAAAGAAAUUCCAUUUCUUAUACUAGCAUUUGUUUGUCUCGUUGAUGGCUUAAUGUUACUUCUAGUUAUGAAACCCAUAAAACAACAACUAAAAGAACAAAAACAUUUGAAAAAAGUUCCAACCAUACCCAUAUGGAAACUUUUUAUGGACCCAUAUAUUGCUGUAUGCUCUGGAGCCUUGAUGAUGUCAAAUGUUGCACUCGCGUUUUUAGAACCUACUAUAUCCCUUUGGAUGGAAGAUCACAUUACUCAUGACAACUGGAAAAUGGGGAUGAUAUGGUUACCCGCAUUUUUCCCACAUGUGUUUGGUGUAAUACUAACAGUAAAGCUAUCAAAAUUGUUCCCAAACUAUCAAUGGCUUAUGGUGGCUAUUGGAUUAUCUCUUGAAGGCCUUAGUUGCUUAAUAAUUCCUUUCUCAACCUCAUAUAAAGUUCUGAUGAUCCCUAUCUGCAUUAUAUGUUUUGGAAUCGCGUUAGUGGAUACAGCUAUAUUGCCCACUCUUGGAUACAUAGUAGACGUUCGAUACGUUUCAGUUUAUGGUAGUAUUUACGCGAUUGCCGAUAUUUCGUAUUCAUUAGCUUAUGCCAUUGGUCCUAUAGUGGCUGGUGAAGUAGUUGAAAUGAUCGGUUUCACUUGGUUGAAUAUCAUCAUAGCAGUUUCCAAUUUAGCAUAUGCUCCAGCAUUGAUGAGGCUAAGAAAUAUAUAUGACUUCAAGCCGUUCCAGAACGAAGCCAAUAUACUCAUGGCUGACCCUCCAGAUAAAGAAUAUCAAACGUAUGCUAUGCAAGAACAACCCAUACCAGUUAAUAAUGAGUAUAGUAGAAUGGAAGGACACUCAGAAACUAGUAUGGAUGGUCAUGUAGCAAUUGAAAAUGAAAAUGCCACAUUCCACCAACCUCAAGAUACCAAUCCUUUUAGAAGACCAUCUCAACCAGCACAGGAUAGGAAUCCAUUUAGGCAACAGCAUUAAAAUGAUUAAUCGAGAAAACUAUUGAUCUUUAUUAAAAUAGAACGUAAGAUGCUUAGUAUCAGACAUUACCGUUUUUAAUUAAUAGUUUCUCGGAAAAAAAAGACUUAAUACAAAUUAUAUGUGUAGACUAAGCAAUAUUAUAUCGUGUAGUCGUCAAGUUUAAAAUUAAUGGUGAGCAAACCCUAUUAUGCUAUAUGGUCUAUAUCGUUCCUUAUUUAUUUUUUGGCAAUGAAAUAUUAAUUGAGUGUUAAGGGGAAAUAUGAAUAUUUAGAAUAUUUAUAAUAUUAUUACCUUAUUAUACAUAUUAUGACUAGU